ACACCGGAACCCCCCCAGGUGACACCGGAACCCCCAUGUGACACUGGGGGACACCUGGGUGACACCGAGACCCCCCAGGUGACACCGAGGCCCCUCCCAGGGGCGGGGCCAGCCCCGCUCGGCGCCACCCGAGGGUGACAGAGCCACGCGCGGAGCCGCCACCGGUGGCACGGCGACACCGAGGGGACACCGGCGACACUCCGCCACCCCCAGGGGCCACCAGGGGCCACCAUGGGCCAGCAGAUGGCGACCCCCGCCCCGCUGAGCCCCGGCCCGCCGCGAGCAGAGGAGCGCUCCGCCCAGGCCACCGUUGUCGCGUGGCGCCAGUACCGCCAGGCGUGCGAGCUGCACCUGCGCCUGGCCCCGCCCCCGCCAGGCCCCGUGUGCAACCGCAGCUUCGACCUGUACGCGUGCUGGGGGGACGCUGUCCCCAACAGCACGGCCACUGUCCCCUGCCCCUGGUACCUGCCCUGGUACCCCCGAGGUAGCCCAGGUGAGCGCGCGGGAGCGGCCAGCCGGGGACAGGCAGGUGACAGGCGUGUCGCAGUGCAGGGCGGGGUGGUGGCGCGGCGCUGCGGCCCCGACGGGCGCUGGGUGACCGACGACAGCGGCAGGACCUGGCAGGACAACUCCCAGUGCGAGGACCUGGCGCAGGUGCAGCCGCUGGAGCGCCAGGUGUGGCUGCUGGAGCAGUUCCGCCUCCUCUACACCGUGGGCUACUCGCUGUCCCUGGUGGCGCUGCUGGUGGCGCUGCUGCUGCUGCUGCUGCUCAGGCGCCUGCGCUGCACGCGGAACCUGAUCCACGCCAACCUCUUCGUGUCCUUCGCGCUCCGCGCCGCCGCCAUCCUGACGCGGGACGCGCUGCUGCCACACCCGGGCCACCAGGGCCACCAGGGCCACCAGCCGGGCCACCACCCGGGCCACCCCCUGCAGCUGCUGGGCGCGCAGGCGGGCCCCGCGUGCCGCGUGGCGCAGAGCCUGGCCCAGUACUGCGUGGGCGCCAACUACGCCUGGGCCACGGCCGAGGGGCUGCACCUGCUGCACCUGCUGCUCGGCACACCUGGCCGGAGCCACCUGCCCGCCCUCCUGCUGCUCGGCUGGGGUGUCCCCGUGCUCUUCGUGGUGCCCUGGGUCAUCCUGCGCUACCUGUACGAGAACGAGGGGUGCUGGGAGCGCAACGAGAAGGUGGCGGUGUGGGGGCUGAUCCGCUGUCCAAUCCUGGCGGCCGUGGCGGUGAACUUCGUGGUGUUCGUGAGGAUCGUGCGGAUCCUGGUGGCCAAGGUGCGCGCGCAGCAGGUGGCGCGCGGGGACACGCGGCUCAGGUUGGCGCGCUCCACGCUGACGCUGAUCCCCCUCCUGGGCGUGCACGAGGUGAUUUUCGCUCUGGCCGGGGAGGGCGAGGGCGGCGGCGGCCUGAGGCUGGCCCGGCUGUGCCUGCACCUGCUGCUCACCUCCGCACAGGGCCUGGUGGUCAGCGUCCUCUACUGCUUCACCAACAAGGAGGUGCAGGCCGAGGUGCGGCGGGGGUGGCAGCGGUGCCGGACGGGGGUCCCCGGCCCCCCCAGGGCCCCCCCGAGGGGACAGUCCCGGAGGGGGCGGGGCCCGGUGGCCGAGAGCGGCUGCUGAGGGAGGGGGGAACCUGGGGGGACACCUGGGGACACCUGGGGGGACACCUGGGGGCACUUGGGGGGA